AUGCUAGAUCGUCUGGCCGCUGAGGCGCGGAGGCGUGGAGCCGCAGACGAAGCCGCGCGUGAUCAUGCGGGGCCCUUUCCGCUUGGAGCUGGCGCCGCUGCCCGCACCAAGACAUGGGCACCAUGGCGUGACCUCGGGGUUGGAGGGAAGCUUGGUCGCAUGGUGCGCCAGUCUGGCAAUCUUUUCAUCGUGCUGGCGGGCGCUGGGCUUUUCGUCGUCCUCGCGAUUGCGCUCAGUACCGAGCUCUUUGCCAAGAAUUCGCCCAGCGUCUUGUACUCAGAGUGCAUUGACAUGAUCCGCGGGUCUGACGCGCUUGACCGCCAUCUCCUGCCUCCAGUUGCAUUCACACACUCGCCGCAUUCAGCAGCACCAACGCGCGGAACAGCGCCGAUUCAGCAUCGCCUGGUGCGGCAUCCUGUAUCAGGGCGUGAGCAUGUCAUCAUCAGCUUCUGGGCGCAUGGACGUGGACGGGAUGAGCCCGAGCCACACUCAUGGGCCAAGCGCUGGGUUAGUACAGCUACAGAUUCUCUGCGGACGGCCGGUACUUUCGUGGGGCUCGUCUCGGACCCCGAAGGACCGGAGCGUCCACCGACAAAGGAGGAGCUCGAGGUGGCUGCAGCCGAGGCCAAGGCUGAGCGCGAGAAGGCCGCAGCCGAGGCACAGCAAGGUCCGGGGUUUUUGGGCCGCCUCACGCAGAGCUUCAACUUCCGUCCCGGCACCAAGUCCGUGCGCUCAGCGUCCCCGGCCCCACCCCCACCCGGUACCUAUAAGAUUGGCGAGGUGCGCGCCGACUACGUGAAGAAUGCCGCUGGACAUUAUACGAUGCUUGCUCUUGUGGUCGACGUGCCCUCCAGUCGCGCCCCAUACCCCGGUCGCGCAAUUGUGUACUGGGCGCCCGAGGCCGACAAGGAAGGUCUCAUCGAGCGCCGCUAG